ACGGUCCACCUCGCUUCUUUCCCUCUGGAAGUUUCGCGCAGCGACCUCUGCUCUGGUCUUCUUCCUCCUCCCAACCUUCGAACGAACAGCCGAGAAAAAGGAAGCGGAGCAGCCGACGCGAGACCAGGACCAGGGCGAUAGGUAAUCGAGUUCUCGGAUCGGUCGACGCGACGAGAUGUCUUCGCCAGCCGAGUACUACAAUUCACUUCCACCUAUAAGCAAGGCAUAUGGGACAUUGUGUUUCUUUACCACCGUCCUGUUUCAUCUCCACAUACUGAACCCAGAAUUUAUUUACUUGUAUUACCCCUUUGUGUUCAAGAAGUUUGAGAUAUGGAGGUUAUUUACAAAUUUCUUUUUUCUGGGCCCGUUUUCCAUCAACUUUGGUAUUCGUUUUCUGAUGAUAGCAAGGUAUGGUGUGCAGUUGGAAAAGGGGGCGUUCGAAAAGCGCACUGCUGAUUUCUUGUGGAUGAUGAUAUUUGGUGCCAUCUCACUACUGGUACUGUCAGCUAUUCCCCUAUUUAAGCUUCCGUUCUUGGGAAUACCUAUGGUCAGCAUGCUUCUAUAUGUCUGGAGCCGAGAGUAUCCAAAUGCUCAGAUAAAUAUGUAUGGUCUCGUCCAAUUGAGGUCUUUUUAUCUUCCAUGGGCUAUGCUUGGAUUGGAUGUGAUAUUUGGCUCACCAUUACUGCCUGGCUUUAUGGGUAUCAUAGUUGGACAUCUAUACUACUUCCUUGCAGUUUUGCACCCGCUAGCCACCGGAAAGAAUUACCUGAAGACUCCGAAAUGGGUACACAGCAUCGUUGCUCGAUUCAGAAUAGGUGUGCAGGCAAACGCUCCGGUCCGACCAGCAGCCAACGCUGGUACCGGUGCCUUCAGAGGAAGAAGCUAUAGACUCAAUCAAUAGAUUGACCUGGAUAGCGCGUCGUAUAAUGUGAUGUGAUGCUGUUGGGACUGCAAUGUAGAAGCAGAGCUCCCAGCUCGGGACUGUCAACAAGUUUUAAGGGUUGCUCACUUAGGGGCUCUAGAAAAAUCUGGGCUUGUUACACUUGCACGGAAUGGAGAAUCUUUCGAGUGCUGAUUUAGUUCCUGAAAAUUAUCCGCUUCCAUGUUCUACACAUAGAAUUAACUGUGCACUCGCCUGGUUUUUGUUGGAGAAUACUACUACAUCUAUUUGGGCCGAGCUGUCUUGUUCUGUCGCCCACCCGGGCCAAGAAAUAUGAGGCUGCUUAGGCCCAUGUCUGUGUAUUCCCGUCGGGCGUGAUGGAACUUGUGCUGACAACUUGUUACGUGGAUUUUAUUGUCUCCUCGGUUC